GUUCAAAGAAUAUAAAUAGAAAAUCAGCAAUAAAAUGUCACAAGGAUUCACAAGAUCACAAAGAAGCAGAAAAAUUAGAACUUUCCAAACUUGCAACAGAAAGAUUAGUAGAAAAAUUAAAUGACAAAUUUAUUAAUGAAAGUGAUAUACAUAUUAUAAGCAUAAUGAAGAUUGUUUAUUAUAUUGCACAAAACCAUAUUCCUAUGAAAAAAUUACCAUCUUUAGUUCAACUUGCAAAAGAAUUGCAUACAUCAGAUAUUUCUGAUAAAUCACUUUCAUAUUGUAAUGAAAUUGCUGGUAAUGACAUGUUAGCUGCUUUAUCAGAAGUUAUCUCAGAAAAAAUAUGGGAUGAAUUGUCAGAAGUAGAGUUUUUUGGAGUUAUAAUAGAUGAAUCCACCGAUAUAACUACUACAAAACAUUUAAAUGUUUAUAUUACUUAUGUGUCUAAUACUGGUAUUAUUCAAACCAAAUUUUUGCAAUUAAUUGAAUUAAGUUGUGGAGGGGAUGCUGAUACAAUUAGUUCAUUAUUGAUAAAUUUAUUUAAAAAAAAAGACAUUUUGAAAAAACUCAUUUCUUUUGCUUCAGAUGGAGCAGCAGUAAUGAUGGGCAAUAAAAAAGGUGUAGCAAUGCAAUUAAAGCAAUUGUGUCCAUUCCUUGUAGUAAAUCAUUGUGUUGCCCAUUGGUUGGCAUUAGCUUGCAAAGAUGCAAGAAAAGAAAUUAUUUUCUAUAAUCAAGCUGAAGAAAUGAUGAAAAGGAUUUACAAAUAUUUCAAAAGUUCAUCUACACGAAAAAAUAGCCUCAAUCUUUAUCAAAAAUUACUCAAUAUUCCUUGUAUUAACAUUCUGAAGCUUCAUGACAUUCGUUGGUUAGCUUGGUAUGAUGCUGUAAAAAAUGUAUGUGAAUCCUUACCAGCACUACUCAUUCUAUUUAAAGAAUCUGAAUCUGAAGUUGGUCAAAGAUUAUAUAAUGAUCUUCGAAGAUGGAAGAUGAUUGCAUUUUUAUUUUUUUUUUAUGACAUACUUGGUCAUUUGUCACAACUGAAAUAUAUAGAUGCUCCUCAAGGAUUAUUUGGAAGAAAUUUGAAAGCAUUUAUUCAUCAAACAACUCCUUUUAAUAAUUCAAUAAUUAAUUAUAAUAAUCAUGUGCUUGUUUAUUCAGAUGAAGAUUAUGAUAACUUGUUGUCAGAUAUAUAUGAAUAUGCAUCCAUGGUAAUUUAUGAAAUUAACGUUAGAUUUCCAGAUUAUCCUUUGGUUACAGCAAUGAAAGCAUUGAAUCCUCCUGAGUGGCCAUCUAUUGAAUCUGAGAAUUUUAUUACAUUUGGGCUAUCAGAAUUAAAAAUUUUGGUAGAUGUUUUUGGAGUAAAAAAAUCUACCAAUGUUAAUGGUUAUAAUGAAAUUUCUCCACUAAUUGAUCAAAAUGAAUGUCAGAAUGAAUACUCUGGUUUUAAAACAAUUGUUGCAACUAAUUAUGUUGAAAAAAAUAUGCAAGAAUUAUUACCAUUAAUUAUUAAUGACUUUUCUGAUGUGUUUCCAAACAUCAUUAGAUUAAUUAAAAUUAUUUAUAGUAUUCCAUUUUCAAGUGUGGAUUGUGAAAGGGGGUUUAGUGUACAAAACUUAAUCAAGUCAAAAUUGCGUAAUUCUCUUAGCACAAAAACAUUAGACAUGCUUAUGAGACUUAGUAUUGAAGGACCAGAAAGCAAGGACUUUGAUUACAAUAAAGCAUUUAUUAUUUGGAAUAAAAAAUGUAAAAGAAAGG